GUGGACACGUGUUUCCUAGUUGGCGCAUUGUCUUUGUGUUUACGGUUGUAGUUUGAAAAGGCAACAAUGAUUUGGAUGAGAGACACAAUUACAUUAUCAUGGACACGGGUGUGAGUGGCGCAAUAUCACUCAUUGCCUCCAUCUCUAAACCUCAAUCUCGAAUCAGAAUAUGGGGACAUUGUUUUUCUUCCAUCCACCGAUUCCUCGUCUUCAACUCCCUUCCGUGCCAAAACCCGUUGCAUUCCCUCCUAUUUCUUGCCUGAGGAAUAAUGGAGAUGUCAGUGGCUUUCAUGAACACAAGUCAGAGGGUAAUAAAAAUGUGGACAUAUCCCAGACAAUAUCUAAUGAUGGCCAGAAUGUGAAACAAGAUAAUAUUUGGCAAUUGUUCAAAGAAGCUCAACAGAACAUACUGUACUUGAACGACCAACGUCUUGGGGCCAUUAAGGAACUUGAGAAAACGAAUAGAGAAAAACACUCGCUACUAGAAAAGAUAAAGAAAUUGGAAGCAGAAAAGCAGGCUGGUGCUGGUAAAGAUAAUCAAUCAACUUGUUCAGAGUUGCUGCUUCGGAUAGAUGCCAUGGUCCUUAGCAGCAUGAUUAGCCCUGGAGAAGCAUCUGAAUUAAGAAGUUUGGUGAUUAAUCACAAAGUGAGUCUGGCGGAUGUUUUUAAUAUCAUCUCACGCAAAAAAGAUCCCGAACUUCUAGGACAACUUCGUCACUUUUCACAUGGACACAAAAAGAAUGGUUUUCAUAUUGUUCACAUUUGCACAGAAAUGACGCCAAUGGUCCCUAGAGGAUCGGUAGCUUCAUAUGUGACUGGCAUAUCUCGUGCACUUCAAAGAAAGGGUCACUUGGUGGAAGUUAUAUUGCCAAAGUAUGCAAGUUUAAACCUCAAUGAAGUGCAAGGAUUGCGUGAAGUUAAUGUAGAGGCUUACUCAUAUUUUAAUGGUCAAUUGCAUGGAAAUAAAAUUUGGACUGGUGUUGUUUAUGGCAUUGGAGUCACUUUGAUUGAACCAAAGUACUUUUCAUCGUUUUUCAAUCGUGAGAUGAUAUAUGGCUAUCCAGAUGAUUUUGAAAGGUUCUCCUACUUUUGUCGAGCAUCAUUGGAUUAUAUUGUAAAAUGUGGGAAGCAGCCUGAUGUAUUACAUAUUCAUAAUUGGGAGACUGCCAUAGUUGGGCCCCUUUUCUGGGAUAUAUUUGUUAAACAGGGACUUGAAGGAACCAAAAUAUUAUUUACAUGCCAUGGCUUCAAUUCACAGGAGGGUAUUGAACAACCAGAUAAAUUGGCCUUAUGCGGGCUUGAUCCUUUACGACUUCAUCGCGCUGAUCGUUUACAAGACAACACUAACACACAACUAGUCAAUAUUUUAAAGGGUGGAAUUAUCUAUUCAAAUAAAGUUGUAAUAAUGUCGUCUAUCCAUCAAAAGCAUGUAAUUGUUCAUAAUCUGAGUCAUGAACUGGAACCUACUUUAAAUGAGCAUAGGGACAAGUUGGUCAUUGCUCCUUAUGGGUUAGACAGGUCAACUUGGGAUCCUUCGACAGACUAUCUUCUUCCAGAAAAUUUCAAUGCUGAAAAUUUCAAUGGAAAAGCUGUUUGCAAAGUUUCAUUGCUGCAGCAGCUGGGGUUAUCUGAACAUUCUUCCAGUAUUCUUGUUGGAUUCAUUUUUCCGGAAGGACGAGACCUGGAUGUGAAAAGGCUGAAGGAAGUUAUCUUGAAUGCCAAGCAACAGGAUGUCCAGUUCAUAUUUUUGGGGACCAGUGAAAGAUCAGUCUUGAAUCAGACCCUUGAAUCGCUUCAGAAGGAACUCAAGGAUGAUAAUCUUAAACUUUUUCCUACUUAUGAUGAAGCUCUGUUGCAUUUAGUCUUUGCUGGAUCGGACAUCAUCUUGUGCCAAUCUUUCGUUGAUCCUACUGACGAAAUCCCUCUCAUAGCAUUAAGGUAUGGAGCAGCUCCAAUAGCACUUACCUCUGAUGCAAGCACAAACAGGGUGAUACCUUUUGAAAGGAACUUCACAAACCAAGACCAUGAGGCUACCAUGUACUCAAAAUUGAUCAACUCUAGCUUUUUAAACAUCUCUCUCGGCCUUGCUGUUGAUGAAAUUAGGACUAACCCUGCAAUGUGGAAACGAAAAAUAAUGCAAGCAAUGGCACAUGACUUAUCAUGGGAUGGUGAAUGCUACGAUCUUCAUUUUGCAGCUUACUCUGCUAUAAAGAAUAUGUAAACAUUUUUUUUUUUUGUUUAGGAACUUGAGAUAUGACAGAAUAGUAUUCAAUAUAAUGAAUAAGGAUUUAGAAUUUAGGAAUUAGGAUUAAGGUUGAAGGAGUUGGAAGGGUAUGGGGCAGAA